AUGGACGUUGAGGGGACACCCUGUGGGGUGCAGCCGAGGCAUCUCGGCGAGGAGGCAGAAGAGGCCGUGCCGAACGACCGAGACGCGUACGCUUCCCCGCGCUCCUCGUCCUCUUUGUCGGCUGCCUCUCUCGGCUCCACGCAGGGACGCGCAGCGAAGUCGGAAGAACAAACCGCUCCCAGCAAGGAAAGUGGAGACGGCGAAGAGAGACAAAAGGCCCAACCUGCGCCCAGUGAAAACGCAACAGCAGAGACCCAGUUCACUUUCAAAGACGACCUUAACUCGGAUUGGUGCUUGGCAGUUAGUCGCGUAGACAGCGGGCGCAUGCUGUUGGAGCGACUGAGGGCGGCAUUGCUGCUCCGAGCGAAUGCAGCAGUUGAGCAGGCGAGCAAAAUGGAGAGUCUUGUCCAAACCUUCGUCGCGACCAACCUGGAAAGCAAAACCAUCAUGUCGGCUGUUAACGCCCUGCGUCUCGAGGCCGUUCACCAGGCAGACCACUGCAGAGAGUUCGCUGAAGCCAUCCGGAGAGACGUCGUCGAGGGGACACUGACAAACACGAUCCACAAUCACUACCUCGUCCUCCAACAAAUCAAGGCAGACGGCUCGGAGGCGCAGAAGGAGUUAACGCUGGCGACUGUGGACCAUCAGAAAGCGAUGGACCGCUACCUGCGGUGCAGCAGGGAAGCUGCCUCGGUGACUCUGAAGGCGCAGGCAGCAGAGGCUGAGUCGCCGAGUGUACGUACAGAGCUGGCAUUGUCGGCGAUUCGCCGGUGCGUGGAAGCGAAGGCUGCGGAGGAGGAGCACCGGGACAGCGUGGCGCGAUUGAAUGCGGCAGCGCAGGCGAACGAGAGGAAGAUGUCAAUCAUUCUUCAGUCUCUCCAAGACAUGGACGAGAAACGCAUGAUGUGUUUCCGCGAUGCUCUGAGGAAGGCGAUGGUGUACCAGGCCGCGUAUCUGCGGAACGUCCAGUACGACUUGGAGCAAACGAUCAAGUUGGUGGACGCAGUCGAGCCGAAGGCAGAUCUGCAGGAAUUCCUGGGCAAGUACCGCUUGCCGAAGAAGCCGCAGAUGGGAAGCCAAGUGAAGGCCCAAAGCUGGGUGGAGCUGGACAGCACCUUUGGGGAUGCGCUGCAACCUUCGGGUGUGUCGGCUUCCAAGACGCCGGGCCAAGGCUCUUCCUCGGGGGCUGCGUUUCCCACGGCUUCGUUUGCGUCUUCUUUCGCCUCGUCGUCUCUCGGCGUCAGCUCCACGGCGGCAGCUGCAUCGAGCGUCGCGCGGUCCCUGCUCCAGAAAUCGCCCUUCACCCGCGUCAUGCAGUCAGCGGCUUCUCUCGUCGGCGGCCGAGGACCGGCUAGCGCUGCGGACUACGGUGUACAUACACCGGGUUCCUCGCAGUCCCCCGCCGCGGGGUCCGGGCUGCGAGAGCCGUUGCCGCUCGGCGCCGGAGAAGAGCAGAGAGCGCAGGGUGGCUCCGGCGCUGGGUCUGGAGGCGGCCGUGCGAGCCUCGAAGAAAAGCGCGACUGCGGGCGCCGCGAAAACGAGCGAGCGCCGUUCGGGAUGAGUUCCCCGAGUGGCGAGGAGCUCGGCGACGCGGGACGCGGUUCCGCCGGGAGCGAGGAAACCGCCAAAAUGCGAGCAGCAGAAAAGGAGUACGAGGCGAUCCUCGAUCUGCUGUGGACCGAAGGCGGCGCACCGGGGGAACAAAGAAGAGAGAGCGGAGAGGACGAUUCAGACAAGGACGCCAAGAAACAGCUGUCAGCCUUCGUCGUCGACCCCGCCCAGUGUCCAUACACCCCAGACGUCCGCCGGAAGCUGGCGAAGGUGUUGCCCAAGCUGAAGAACGACUUCGCUUCGGCAGCAAAACGCUUCGCCUUCCUGAAAACGGUGGAGCGGAGACGCCGAAUGUGCAUGGUGCGCGGACAUAAGCAGGUGUACCUCCACCACAUGGUGUGUCUUCGGAUUCUGGGGGAAAUCAGCGAGUGGCUGCUUGACUCCGCAGACGAGCAACUCGACGUCUGGACCGGCCGUAUGCUCCUCCUCCUCUCCAUGCAAAUUGCCGCCUCGGGUUUGAAGAGCGCAGAUCCCCAGAUGCAAACCUUUGCGUGGGCAAACUUCGUCCAGGCAUGUGCAGAGAUCGAGGAACAGGAAAGUCGAGGCGAGACAGCGGAAGAGAACAGCCCGAUCACGCCGGAACCGGAAACUGUCCGGUGGUCCCUGCAUCGGUGUAUCUACCACCAUCGCUACUGGAACCGCGUGACGUUCUGGGAGGAGGCGCUCACUCUGACCAUCAGCGAAGAACUUCAACGCCAGAAGUUGAUGGAGAAAUGGAGAACCAUGGGGGACGAGGUGCUUCAGCAGGAGGAGAAAGCCUUUCGCGAGCGGAAUCCGUGCUGCGGUUGUCUCACUUCCUUUGGCUCCUUCAUGGUGCUCUAUGGCAUCGCCCCCGAGCAGGUCCAGAGUCUCCUUCUCUCCGUCUGCCGCGCAUGUCACUUGGAAGACGACUUCGCCGCACGUCUCGUCGAAGGCAUGCAACAGUUCGCUUCGCCUGCUGGCAACACCACCUCCAAGGCUUCGUCUUCCGCUUUGUCUUUUUCAGCUUCUUCCUCCUCUUCAUCUUCGUCAUCUUCAUCGUCGUCCUCUUCUUCAGGUCCAUCGUCGUCUUCUUCCGCGUCAUCUAGCAGAGCUCGAGCGCGUCAAGUCCCUCCUGAUGGUGGGCCGAAGGCGUCGGGAGGGCCGCCUGCGAACGCGAGGGAUGAAGGCGCGUCGGAAGACAGACACGGACGGCGCAGGCCGUCUGCGGAGAAACGAGGCAGUUUUGCUUCAGUGCAUGCGGACGGGCUGUAUGAGCGCGGGGAAGAUUGCGGGAAAAAGCGGGAGGAUGAGAGGCCGCGGACGGACACGAAGGAAGACACCACAUGCGGAUAG